CAUUCGAGCCUCCUUUAUUAUUUCCUAAGUUUCAUUAUGCUGACUACCUAGUUUUGAAGUGAUUUCACUCGGCCGUAUGAAUAUACGAGAGAAACAACCUGUGAUACGCGCUUGAUCCAUGGAUGGAGAUGUACGGCCAACCGCAACUAAUACCAGGUGUCGUGCGUAAAGCGUCUGUUGCUUUGCCGACGACUCCUGCUUCCUGCAACGUAAACAAACCGAACAAAUCAUGGAAUCUGCAGCCAAGCAUCAUUCCCGGUUCCAUAAGACCGGUGGCCUGCAACACAUCUUUUAAUCAAAGUUCAACUAAUAGUGUACCUGCAGUCAGUACAGAUACAACGGCCUGUCCUGAUCAGCUUACGAACAAAGCUGUUGAGGAAAUCCUUCGGGAGACGCGGUUAGGAAAGUUGCGUGCAGAGGAAUAUGGGUCCACCGCUUGGCGUCCAUGCCCUUUGCGAAAAACAAACAAACGGUUUCUCAACCGCACGCUUGUAUCGAUGGUGAACCAUAAUGAUCGCGUAAAACAGAAAACAACGCAUCGAUCUCGCCUUAAGCUAAGCGAACUUGUACGGAAAGGGAAUGGGGAUGAGUGGAAACAUGCAAGUAAAUCUUCCAAAGCCAAGACACGCGAUAAGAGCAAGGGUACAGAUACCUCCAUGGCAAUAAUCAAUCUGAUCGAAGAUAGCGACUGACGAAAAGGAAAGGCUGCUCGUUUGUGUGACACAGCUACAUCAAGGUCCAAUUAAGCGAUUAGCCGAUAGUAUACAUCGAUUGGAUGCUGUUUUUGGUCUGAGGAAAGCACAAAAAUCUUAUCAAGACUGUAAAAAUUGGAGAACCUCAUGGGAGUCUAUUUGAAACCUUCCUUUUGACCGCUGAGACAAUUUGGUGUUGGUUGAAUGAGCGAUGGAAGGAUCUUUGGUCUGAAGUUCAAAAGAAAUUUAAAACAAUAUUUUGCACUAAACAAGUUUUAACAUUACCCAAGCUUUUGGGUUACAAGUGCAGCUUUUGGAACACACAGCGUAUAGGAUGGCGUUAGAAGAAUUGAUUACAUGCUGUCCUCUCUCAAUUCUACAAAUGUAUCCGAAAAAUGACGACGAUUUUAAGUAACUGGUGUUACAUUCUUCACGUCGUUGUCUGAACAUUCAUUCGAAGUCAGCUUUGUCCGGUUACUGCUGAAUGUGUAUCUAUAACUUGAUUUAAGUAUAUGUAAAUUAGUUCAUACAAACUAUCGAAGCUCUCUUACAGAAGCUCGGAUAUUAAAUUAAGGUGAUUUACAAUAUCAGUUCAAUGCAGCACUCAC